UUCUGUCCAGUGAGAGCUUGGCCCGUGCGCCAGCCGUUCCUCCCGCCGGUCACAUCUCGCCGUCUUUUCUGCCCGUGUUCCCUCGCCGGCCCCGCCAUGCUGUCUCUAGAUUUUUUGGACGAUGUGCGGCGGAUGAACAAACGGCAGGCCAGCCAUUUAAGAUGAUGGAGGACACAGUAAGACCAGUGAAAUUCAUGACCAUGUGCCCACUGUUGUGCUUUAAUUACCUAUAAGUUACCUGGUCAGAAGCAGUGUUGUAUGGAAUACCAUGAUGCGGAAUAAGGCGUUCUCUCUAUUAUCAAGUCCUAAAUUUUGGAAUGAUUGUCUCCUCGGCACUAAUGAUCUGGAAGGGGUUAAUGGUCAUAACUGGAAGUGAAAGUCCAAUUGUAGUGGUGCUCAGUGGCAGCAUGGAACCUGCAUUUCAUAGAGGAGAUCUUCUCUUUCUAACAAAUCGAGUUGAAGAUCCCAUACGAGUGGGAGAAAUUGUUGUUUUUAGGAUAGAAGGAAGAGAGAUUCCUAUAGUUCACCGAGUCUUGAAGAUUCAUGAAAAGCAAAAUGGACAUAUCAAGUUUUUGACCAAAGGAGAUAAUAAUGCGGUUGAUGACCGAGGCCUCUAUAAACAAGGACAACAUUGGCUAGAGAAAAAAGAUGUCGUGGGGAGAGCGAGGGGGACAGACACUGUGGAUUCAGUGAUUCCACCAGCGAACAGUGGAACAGUGGAACUGAGGAACUGUGUUCCCCUAAAGAAAUUCGUUCCUUACAUUGGGAUUGUGACGAUCCUCAUGAAUGACUAUCCUAAAUUUAAGUAUGCAGUACUAUUUUUGCUGGGUUUAUUUGUGCUGGUCCAUCGUGAGUAAGAAGUCUGCCUUGCUGUUCCUGGAAGAUGCUGUACUUUUUGUUCCUGAAUGUUUGGAGUAGAUAUCAAUCUGUGGUUGGUGGAAUGGAGAACACAUGUUGGCGCUUCUUGGUAGCACUGAUUUGCAUUAGUUUAUGUUUCCACGCCAGAGUACGUGUGGGCGGGUGCAUGUGCACCACAGCGUGCACUCGAGGGGACUUUCAAUCACAGAAUUUCAUAUGUUGUCAUUGUCACACUUUCACAUUUUUGUACAUCAGUGAAUUUUUUAUAUUAAAAGGUUGAGCCAAAGCCCCCAGUGUUUGUAUUUUGAAGCCAAGCUUCACUUCUAAAGUGCCUACAGAGUUCUGUAAAUGAAAAUGCAGCUCUGCACGAAUUUGAAACUGUCAUUCCUCCUUAUAAUGGGAAUGGCAUAUACUGAGGUGGUCGUCGUCUUAACUUUUCAAAAUUUUAAAUAAAAGACUUUGCAUAUCGAAACCCCUUA